ACGGUACGGGUUAGUUUGCACCGGCGAACUCCGCUCGCGCGUCAGCAAGACUUCUUACAAUUGUCGUCACAUUCCGCUCGCAGGGCAACAUUUAGCCGUACGCGAGCAAAAUCCGAACGUCGAUCUGCGCGCAGUAACGCCUCCUCGCUGUCAUGUAGGGGCUUCAUGUGAACGCAUUACUGUUGACCGAUGGGACACAAACAGAGGGUCACUCUCGGUGUGAGGAGGCAACGUGAAGAGGAUCCGCCGUGUUUAAAAGAAACGAAUCGUUUUGAAGAAGAAACAGAUCAAAUAGUGACAGUACUCUCAGAAAAGUUGAGUUCCAGCCGCAGAGGAGCAGGUCGAAACGCUUAUCAUAUCUAACGGGGAACACUGACUGAGUGUUGCGCGUGACUGGGAUCGCGUCUAAAUAAACACCUGCCUCCGAGGACCUUAAGAACUCAAACCUGACAGAAGAUUAUUUACCGAGGAUUAAGCGUCCGUUUGAAUCACUAAAUUAUAAGGAUAUAUCCGCCUGUAUUAAUAAUAACUCAUCUGGAACUGGGUGAAAAUGAGACAGCGGUUCAAACGCGCGCAGAAUUCACCCGUUUAUUUCCAGUUGUAAGCGCUGCCCUGACCAUCCUUUGGGUGCAUAUCUGUCACCCCGGAGCGGACCAUCCGGACAGCUGCAUCUGGAGCAAAGGAGCGCUGUGCUGUUUGAAGGUUUCUGCAGAAUAACACUGGAGCAAUGAGUCGCAUCCCCUAUCCACAGGUGUUGACCAUCUGGAUUACGCUAAUCUCCAGGGUAACAGCUGACCUGACCUGCGACGCUCUGCUCCUGCUCUCCACAAAUCUUACAGCUCGCACUUUGAUCCUGUGGAAUCAGACGUCAAGUCCCACCAAUUUUACAGGUUUGUCCUGUAACACUUCGAUUGAUGGCAUUGGGACAUGCUGGCCCAGGAGCAGUGCUGGAGAAGUGGUGUCCCGUCCCUGUCCAGAGACCUUCCUCGGAGUCCGUUACAACACCACCAAUAACGUGUACAGAGAAUGUCUUGCCAAUGGCACCUGGGCGAAGAAGGGAAACUACUCCCAAUGUCAGGAAAUCCUCAACGAGGAGAAGAAGAGCAAGCUGCAUUACCACAUUGCAGUCAUCAUAAACUACCUGGGACACUGUAUCUCUCUGGGAGCCCUGCUGGUCGCCUUCAUCCUCUUCAUGAGACUCAGGUGGAUCUGGUGCAGGCUGGUCACAGCAGCGUAUAAUUAUUUCCAUGUGACCAACUUCUUCUGGAUGUUUGGAGAGGGCUGUUAUCUGCACACAGCCAUAGUACUGACAUACUCCACCGACAAACUGAGGAAAUGGAUGUUCAUUUGUAUAGGCUGGUGUAUUCCAUUCCCCAUUAUCGUCGCUUGGGCCAUUGGCAAGCUGUACUAUGACAAUGAAAAGUGCUGGUUUGGGAAGCGGGCCGGCAUUUACACUGAUUAUAUUUAUCAGGGUCCCAUGAUCCUGGUCCUGCUGAUUAACUUCAUUUUUCUCUUCAACAUUGUGAGGAUCCUGAUGACUAAACUGAGGGCCUCCACCACCUCAGAGACCAUUCAGUACAGGAAAGCAGUAAAGGCCACACUGGUUCUUCUGCCGCUGCUGGGCAUCACAUACAUGCUGUUCUUCGUCAACCCAGGCGAGGAUGAGAUAUCACAGAUUGUCUUCAUCUACUUCAACUCUUUCCUAGAGUCCUUUCAGACAAGACUUUUAUUUCUGAGUUUGGGCUGUUAUCAUCAUCUGUACAUCUCUGACUCUCACAGGAAAGCAGUAAAGGCCACACUGGUUCUUCUGCCGCUGCUGGGCAUCACAUACAUGCUGUUCUUCGUCAACCCAGGCGAGGAUGAGAUAUCACAGAUUGUCUUCAUCUACUUCAACUCUUUCCUAGAGUCCUUUCAGGUACGCUCAGCCGUUCGUAAGCGCUGGCACCGCUGGCAGGAUAAGCACUCCAUUCGGGCACGGGUGGCACGGGCCAUGUCUAUACCCACCUCUCCGACACGGGUCAGUUUCCACAGCAUCAAGCAGUCGUCGGCCGUCUGA